CGAAAACCUGUUCAUGAACCAAGGCAUAUCUGGACUAUAAUGACUGUCGAUUCGUCUUGCCAGAAAGAACAUCAAAUUCGGGAGUUUUUGGACAAAAAUGGAAGCGUAUCUGUUGAUUGUUCGUGUUUGAAGUUACAUAAACCAGGUACUGAUAACCUUAAACGACAGUUUCCUCUAGAGAUUCCACCGAUUCUGUUUGAAGAAGCUUCACAUCCAGCAGGAUUGCACGGUUCACAUGCUCGAGAUGUUUUCAGUGUUUCUGUGUUGCCUGAGGAAGGUGAAAAUGCUAACUGUGCUCCGCCACUAGCUUUCUUAAGCAUCUUAGAGGUUCCGAAUCAAGCUAAAAGCUCAAUGUGCUUAGAUGCUCACUUAAAUUGCCAAAACUGCAUUGAUUUUCAAAUGAAGAAUGGCGAUGAGUAUUCCCAGUGCAGAAUUGACAUACCUAAUGUGAAUGGAAACUCAGUUUCACCUGAAUCAUAUGAAGAGGGAGUUGAAAGUUUUAAAACUGGGAACUCUCCGACUAGUGUACUGUGGAGAGAAUCAAGUUUGAAAGUAGGGGGAAAACUUAUGCAGAAUCUGAUGAACAUCAGCAAUCCAAGAGAUAAACCAGUCACUGAGAAGUUACAUGAUAUACCAAGUAACAGAUGGAGAAGAUAUAAGCGCGUUGCCUCAUUUGAUUCCAGAAAAGUUGCUCUUCUGUUUUCAAUAUUGUCAAGUUUGGGAACACUGGUGUUGAUAUAUCUGACAUUGAGGGUCAGGCAGAAGGCUGAUGCCUUUGUUCAUAUUUGACGGUCCAAUCUUCGUUGCCUCCUAUUUAAGCGUAGACUUCCAAGUUUCUAUGGUUGUUUAAUUUAAACUUGCCCCUUGAAUUGUAAUAGAGUUCCUUAUGAUGUAGAAGAUAGAAUAUGGGAAAUUUUA